UGUGACCACAACAGAUGAAGGGUGGGAAGAUGAAGUAAUAUUACAGUGUGCAAUAGAGCAAAGUCUUUCUGGAAUUUGUACACAGGAUUCACCUGCAGCCUCUCAGGAGGAUGGUCUCAGGUACCUGACAGUAAUAUAAACACAAGAGGCGCUUACAAAGCAAGGAGAACAGGAAGAUCGUCGAAGCAAUAAAGACAGGUCGGGAAGCUGAUGUACGCCAGCUAUCCGUUUGCCAGUUUGCGCUUGAUGAAGCUGAUGAGAGAGGUUGGCUUCCUCUGCAUGAAGCAGCUGUGCAGUUAAACCAAGCAAUUCUUGCAGCCACUUUCCAAGACGAACAGCUUUAAGAAGGUUCCUUAUGGAAAACCAAAUACUGUAGAUCCCGGAAAUGAAGGAAAAUAAUCAGCAGGUCAGGAAACAUCCCUGGAGGGUGAAAUAGAAGUGCUGGACUGUGCUCCCUCGAGCCUGAGCUUUGCGUACACACUAAGUACGUCCUGUGAUCACAAUACCCUUUGCAGCCCUGGAUCUGAACUCUCUACCAUGUUGGAGCAGUGAGCCAGUGAGUCAGUCAUACCCUGAGGUUCCAAACCUCAACAGCCCUAAUGGCCUAGCAAACUUUGAAAGCUUCUCGGGAUAGUGCACGAGAGCAGAAGACCCUGAAGGGGGAAACCCCUCUGUUUUUGGCAGCUGCAUACUGCCUGAUAGAUAACGUGCAGUAUUUGCUUAUCAAUGGUUGCAAGCCAGACUCCAAGAACGAAGAGGGCUCUUCGGUUUUAAUAGCUGCUAUUAGAAAUGAAGCUGUUGAUAUUGUGACACUGCUGCUCCAUUCUGGGGCUAGCGUGAACCUGAGGUGCACGAAUGACAGGACAGCAAUGCACGAAGCAGCUAAACUGGGUAGGGCGGAUAUCGUUAACUUACUGAUUCGUUCUGGAGCUGCCAUUGAUCCCAGGAGUUCCUAUGGACUCACCCCACUGGCUCUUGCUGCACAAAACGGAUGGACAGAAAUCGUGCAAGUUUUACUCCAGAAAGGAGCUGAUGUCUUGUCUCAAGCAUCUGAUGGAGUGUCUGUAUUAUUUGAGGCUGCCGCAGUUGAAAACGCAGAAUGCCUGGCCCUUCUACUGGAGUAUGGGGCUGAUGCCAACGUUCCUAAAUACUCUGGUCAUCUGCCCAUUCACAGGGCAGCCUACAGAGGAUACUAUAAGUUGCUGGAGCUGUUAAUUCCAGUGACAGACUAUUCUGCUAUCCAGGAGAGCGGCAUAAGCCCGGUGCACUCUGCAGCAGCCGGUGGACAGCAAGAAUGCCUCCAGUUGCUUCUCCAGUCUCACUUCGAUGUCAAUUUCAUGCUCAGUCCCUGGCUUCGCAGAAGUUAUAAUGAUCAUAGGAAAUCUGCCCUCUAUUUCGCUGUAUCAAAUAAUGAUAUCCGCUCCGCUCGAGUCCUUCUGGAAGCUGGUGCACUACCAAAUCAGGAUCCCAUCAAUUGUCUCCACAUAGCUGUGAGGUUCGGCAACUAUGAGCUCAUUAACUUGCUCCUUCGCCAUGGAGCCAAUGUGAAUUACUAUUGUAGAGUGAACACAACUCACUUCCCAUCUGCUCUGCAGUAUGCAUUAAAUGAUGAAGUAAUGCUUAGGAUGUUAUUUAGCUACGGCUAUGACAUCAAUCGAUGCUUUGACUGUCCGCAUAAAAACAAAAUCCAUCCCUUAUUUGCCUCUGAAGGAUGGACACCUUCUGUCAUUAAAGAUAACAUGUUUUGUGAAGUCAUUACAUUAAACUGGUUAAAGCACCUAUCGGGGAAAGUGGUUCGUGUGAUGCUGGAUUAUGUGGCUCAUGUUAAUUUCUGCUCUAAGAUGAAAAGUGUACUUGAACAGCAAAGCGAAUGGUCGGAAAUCACAUACAUCAUGAGAAAUCCACGUUCUCUGAAGCAUCUAAGCAGACUGAAGAUCCGAAAAUGCAUGGGCAGAUUGAGGCUGCGGUGUCCGGUGUUUAUGACGUUCCUGUCAUUGCCCCGUCGCCUGAAGGAAUACAUUCUCUUCAGAGAAUAUGAUCUUUAUAAUGAGCCAAAUAUUUGAUUCAUUUCCAAUCAUGCCCUUUUAUAUUUUAUAUACAACUAUUGGCAUUGCAGUUUUAAAACGAAUAGAUUUAUUGAUGUGCUAUUAGAAUCUAGAUCCAAAAAAGGCAGGGAAAUCAGUAUUUGCAUUAAAGAAACGUAGACCAAUGAAGCAGAUUGGAUUUCCAUUAUGUUCUUCAUUGCAAUUAUUGAAUAGAUUUAAGAUUAAAACAAAUUAAAUACGACUGUUGCUUCACACGACAGUGAUAUAUGCUUGUUUGCUUACUUUAGUGAGAAAAGGAGGAUGAUUAGAUAAGGGGGGGGAUGAUGAUUUACUGUUACUGAAUGUUCACUUAUGGUCUGACUUGCCUAACGUUAUUGAGAGCACUAUUUCAUAAAAGUUAAGAUUACUGUGAUUCAUACAUGUUAAGGCACAGUGGUUUGUAAAUACAUGUUAAAUAACUAAUAUAAAUAACUGAAAAAGUUGCAUUUUCCAAUGUAUUGUUUGUUAUUUUUUUAUUCAUAGAUUUUCAAUAGCAGCAAGUACAAAACCAUUCACUAAAAUAAAUUGUUAUUUGAAUAUUAAGAGACAGAAUUUUAAACAGAAUGAUUAAACAAAUUUAGUAAUAAACCAUUGUAAAUAAUACAGCUUUACUCUACUCUCUGUAAUAAUAAUGAGCUGAAACUUGUUCAGUGUGUUACGAUUUGGUAGUAUCUCAGAUUUCUGAAGUCAGGUUUGUGCUUCUUUUCAAAUGAGUAAAAAUUAAAAAUUCACUCACUUAUACCCUGUAAAAUCUAUUCACUUACUCAAAUUUGUAAAAAUGCCAAUUCUCAAAUUUGCAAAGGUCUUCCCAGUUGCUGUGGAAUGAAAUGGUACUUUGAAAAGUGAUUUCUAAUAUUCAUACACAUUUUUUUAAAAACAUCAUUCAUUUAAUUGCAUUGUUACAACCCUUUAAACUGCCUUGUAUAUAUUUUUGACAGACAUAAACUACUAGGAUUUAAUAAUUAUUGCAUUUGCUCCUAUGCUUGUCUGACGUGCAACAGUUUUGAAGUACAGGUAACUUUGGUGGAACAUAGACAGUGGCUUAAGAUUGCUUCAAUUCAUUCUAAAUAACUGCAAUGCUGAAGCUGAAUGAACACACGUGAAUCCAUGGUUUAAUAUUCAGCCUGCCUCCAUAGUCUGUACUUACUGUGAUUUUUCCAAGCGAAAUCGGUUGACUGGACAUGCAUUUAAGAUAUUUACAAACUACUCUCACUUUGAAAUGCUUCACAAUAUUUCAGUGUUGUAUGAACUGGAGAUAAUUAUUAGCAACACAUAAAAAUUGCUGAUGAACACAGCAGGCCAGGCAGCAUCUCUAGGAAGAGGUACAGACGACGUUUCGGGCCAAGACCCUUCGUCAGGAGUAACUGAAAGAAGAGAUAGUAAGAGAUUUGAGAGGGGGAGGGGGAGAUUUGAAAUGCUAGAAGACAGGAGGGGGAAGGGCUGGAGAAGGGAUAAUUAUUAAUCUGCAUACUAAACCAUAAUUAGUUUGGCAGACUCAGAGCUCUGCAUGGUUAAUUACCCUACAAUAUUUUGAGGUGGAUUUUUAAAUCAGCAUUAUUUCCUGAUAACAUACCUGGUUGGGUGUGAGUUAACAGAGGUUCUAACAUCUUCAGCAUCUCUCUGGAACAGUCGACUGUCCCUAUAGACUUCAAGGUGGCCACCACCAUCCCGCUGCCCAAGAGGGCAACAGUAACCUGCUUGGGUGACUACAAUCCAGUCGCACUGACCUCAACAAUAAUGAAUUGUUUUGAGUGGCUGGUUAUGGAUGGCAUGAAAUCCCAUCUUCCUGCUACAUAGGACUCUUUCCAGUUCACUUAUCGCUCAAAUCGGUCCACUGAUGAUGCCAUAGCCUCUGCACUCCACUCUGUCCAGUCCCACCUAGAAAAUGAUGCCUCCUACUCCAGUGCACAUGUGCACUUCAGCUUAAUGUUUAAUACAGUCAUCUUUCGGAAGCUGAUGGGUAAACUGCCCUCGCUGGGUUGGAACUCGUCCUUCUGUAACUGGACUUUGACAGAAAGGCAACAGUGAGUCCGUGUUGGCAGAAACAUCUGUAACUCCAUUACACUGAGCACUGCUGCUUCGCUGGGCUGCGUGCUUUGAUCACUGCUUUUUACGCUGCUGGCACGUGACUGCACUGUUGGAUCCAGUUCAAACCAAAUCAGGUUCACUGAUGAUACAACAGUGGUUGGCCUCGUCAACAACGACCGUGAAAUGACAUACAGGGAGGAGAUAGAGCAGCUGGUAGAAUGGUGGAGCACAACAACUUAAGAAGUCAGAACAUGGAAAAGACCAAAGAGAUGAUUGUGGACUUUAGGAAGGUGCAGACAGACCAUUCCUCACCGCACAUAAAUGGCUCCUCCAUGGAGAGAAUUAGGAGCACCAAGUUUCUGGGAGUGCACAUAACUGACUAUCACACUUGGUCCCUCAACACUACCUCUUUGGUCAAGAAAGCACAGUCUCCACUUCCUGAGGAGAUCGAAGAGUGUGAGACUCCCUCACCCAAACCCCCCCCGCCCAAAACUCUAACCAAUUAUUACAGGAACACCAUCAAAAAUGCCCUGACAAUCUGCAUCACUGUCUGGUACAGGAAUUGCAGGGCAUCUGACUGCAAGCCUCUACAAAGGAUUGCAAGGACUACUGAGAGAAUCAUCGGGGUCUCUCUUCCCCACAUCAGAUGCAGUAUAUUCAUCCAGAGCACUGCAUACACAGUGCCCUUAGCAUUGUCAAUGAUCACUCCCGUCUGUCCAAAACUCCCUUUGACCCCUACCAUUAGGCGGGAGGUACCGUAGCAUUAGGACAAGAACUGUUAGGUUGGGAAACAGCUUCUUCCCCCAGGCUGUAAGAUUACUGAACUUCCUGCCACCACCCAGGUCUCAUCACAUAUGAAACGCCAGUAGGGUUACAUUGUUUAGUUUGUAUCAUAAAUGCACCUUAUUGUUAAUUUACUUGUGGUGAUAUUAUUUUUAUGGGGGGGGUGUGUGUGUGUGUGUAAGUUAUAUGUACUGUGCUGUGCAACUUGGUCCAGAGCAAUAUUGUUUUGUUUGGUGGUAUACAUAUGUACAGUUGAAUGACAAUAAACUUGAAUUUGAACUUGA